AUGGAGAGAACGGACAAAGUAGUCCUGUCCAACAUCCAGCAAUAUGCCAGCGAGGUCAGACUUGCGCAGGAACAUCAGAUGGACAUUGAUGCGCCAGAUCGCGCCGCAUUCGAGGCGCGUCUUGACCAGACCGUGAAAGAGCUGGAAGAUAGGGUUGCAAGGCAGCGAGCAGCUCUGGAUAAACUGCGGGCAUCAUCAAGCUCGGUUCCAACUACGCCAUCUACAGAUCCACGAAAGCGACUACAUCAAUUGCAUGUCAUAAAGGCGGCUUACGACCGUCUAACAACAGCGGAGCCGAGUCUUCCCAGCAGAGACUCAACGCUGCCGUCUCUAUUGGCGACACGCAAUAUUCAGCAAACAGUAUCAGGCACUCAGGCGGCGAUUGAAGCCGACCAGAAGAAGCUGAGGCUCACUCAGCAAGACCUACAACGCGAGCAAGCCAACCUGGAUGAUGCUGAAGCUCUUACAACUGCGCUGGAGAAGCGCGUCGGACAUUUACGAGUCCAGCAGCGAGAAAAAGAGCACAGGGAUCCCUCUCAAGCUGCUAAAAACCUUUCACGAGAGAAGCAGAAGACGAAGCAACGUUAUGGUCAAGAAACUAAAGGCCUGCGUAACGCAUUGAAUGACUUCAUCAACCAGCACCUUGCUGGCAUGCUUGCCGCUGAAGAGCUCGGAGGUCCAGUGGUCGGUGACUUGAUCGACCUUGACGAUGAUCUACUGGCGGCUGGUUUUACUUAUCAGGGUAAACCGAAAGCUCGUGCAAAGACCAAAGAGAACCUCCAAGGGGCUGACAACCAAAGACGGAUUGACGAGUUCUACGAAGGGGCAGAGCAAGGUGGGGGGAACGGACCUCGCAGCGAGAAGGACGCGGCAGCGCAAGAAAUCCAACAGCUGAUCGAUCAUCUAUUUGAAGCUCUGCUUGGUGAAGCUGGCUCUGGUGUCUACAUUGAGCUGGAUAGAGAUUCGGCCGCCGCUCGGUUUCUGGUCCGGGCCAAGGUGGCACAGUUCCAUCCCAAAGACGCUAAGAGGUUGCGGCUUGUUGAUUUUGGUCGAGAGCUGGACGACUGA